AAUCUAAAUGACAGCAAACUUAAUUAUUUUAAAAGUUACAUUGAUUCAAUUGUGAAGUCCUCGAGGAGUAUUGUUUAAAAUAGAUCUGAGUAAUUAAUUUCUACAUCAAAGUGAGAAUUAUGGAGGCGAUGGGAGAGAAAUGGGGAAAAGUAAUAUUAUGGGUUGUAAUUUCAACAACAAUAAUAGCUAUAGCUAUGGUACCAACUGUCACUUGUGCAAAACAGUGUAGCUUUCCGGCCAUAUUCAACUUCGGAGACUCCAAUUCCGACACAGGUGCUAUCUCAGCAGCUUUUGGACAAGCUCCUCCUCCCAACGGAAUCACUUUUUUCCACACUCCCGCCGGUCGCUUUUCCGAUGGUCGUCUCAUUAUUGAUUUCAUAGCAAAAAGCUUGGGGUUGCCUUAUUUGAGUGCCUACUUGGACUCAGUAGGCUCAAACUUCAGUAACGGGGCCAAUUUUGCUACAGCUGGAUCCACCAUUAGACCUCAAAAUACAACAAAGUCUCAAAGUGGAUACAGUCCCAUAUCCCUAGAUGUUCAACUUGUACAAUACUCUGAUUUCAAAACAAGAUCAAUACGUGUUCGCAAAAAAGGAGGGGUGUUUAAGAAAUUGUUACCCAAGGAGGAGUAUUUUUCUAAGGCUUUAUACACUUUUGAUAUUGGUCAAAACGAUCUCACUGCUGGCUACAAACUCAACAUGACAACGGAACAAGUGAAAGCAUAUAUACCUGAUGUAUUAGGCCAGUUCUCUAAUGUCAUAAAGAGUGUAUACGGAAAAGGUGGAAGAUCUUUUUGGAUACACAAUACGGGCCCAUUGGGCUGCCUACCAUACAUGUUGGAUCGCUAUCCUAUGAGUGCGGCCCAAAUAGAUAAGUUUGGGUGUGCCAAACCGUUCAACGAGGUGGCCCAGUUUUUUAACCACAAACUGGAAGAAGCUGUUGUGGAAUUGAGGAAAGAGCUUAUAGAGGCCACAAUCGUGUAUGUUGAUGUGUACACAGUGAAAUACACCCUCAUUAGUCAUGCCCAAAAAUACGGUUUUGAGAAGGGUGUGAUUGCAUGCUGUGGAGAUGGUGGGAAGUACAACUUCAAUAAUGUAGCAAGAUGUGGAGCUACUAAGAGGGUGAAUGGCAAAAAUAUUGUAAUAGCUAAAUCAUGUGAAGAUCCAAGUGUGAUGAUUAUUUGGGAUGGAAUUCAUUACACUGAAGCUGCUAAUAAGUGGAUUUUCCUACAAAUAGCCAAUGGAUACUUUUCAGAUCCACCUAUCUCUUUAAAAUUGACUUGCCUUGCCAAUGAAUCCAUCCACCACCAUUAAUCCAUGUUGUUCUUCUAUUUCUUAAGCAUGAGAAUAUUUUAAUUAUUCUGUACUAGUGUUUUUCUUUUUAUUGUGUUUAAUAAAUUCAACAUGUUUGAUAAAGAGUUUU